GCAUCUUCGUUGGUCAUUCCUUUUCCACGGCCACCGCCCGCUCACAUUUCGUUCUUUCACCAUGCCUGGGUCACUUCCUUUGAACGCAGAAGCCUGCUGGCCAAAAGAUGUGGGGAUUGUUGCCCUUGAGAUCUAUUUUCCUUCUCAAUAUGUUGAUCAAGCAGAGUUGGAAAAAUAUGAUGGUGUAGAUGCUGGAAAGUAUACUAUUGGCCUGGGCCAGGCCAAGAUGGGCUUCUGCACAGAUAGAGAAGAUAUCAACUCUCUUUGCAUGACUGUGGUCCAGAAUCUUAUGGAGAGAAAUAGCCUUUCUUAUGAUUGCAUUGGGCGGCUAGAAGUUGGAACAGAGACAAUCAUCGACAAAUCAAAGUCAGUGAAGACGAAUUUGAUGCAGCUCUUUGAAGAGUCUGGGAAUACAGAUAUAGAAGGAAUAGACACAACUAAUGCGUGCUAUGGAGGCACAGCUGCUGUCUUCAAUGCUGUUAACUGGAUUGAGUCCAGCUCUUGGGAUGGACGGUAUGCCAUGGUAGUUGCAGGGGAUAUUGCUGUAUAUGCCACAGGAAAUGCUAGACCUACAGGUGGAGUUGGAGCUGUUGCUAUGCUAAUUGGGCCUAAUGCUCCUUUAAUUUUUGAACGAGGACUUCGUGGGACACAUAUGCAACAUGCCUAUGACUUUUACAAGCCUGAUAUGCUUUCUGAAUAUCCUAUAGUGGAUGGAAAACUAUCCAUUCAGUGCUACCUCAGUGCAUUAGACCGCUGCUAUUCUGUCUACCGCAAGAAGAUCUAUGCCCAGUGGCAGAAAGAGGGAAAUGAUAGAGAUUUCACCUUGAAUGAUUUUGGUUUCAUGAUCUUCCACUCACCCUAUUGUAAACUGGCUCAGAAAUCUGUAGCUCGGAUGUUGCUGAAUGACUUCCUUAAUGACCAGAACAGAGAUAAAAAUAGUAUCUAUAGUGGCCUGGAAGCCUUUGGGGAUGUUAAGUUAGAAGAUACCUACUUCGAUAGAGAUGUAGAAAAGUCAUUUAUGAAGGCUAGUUCAGAACUCUUCAAUCAGAAAACAAAGGCAUCUUUGCUUGUGUCAAAUCAAAAUGGAAAUAUGUACACAUCUUCAGUGUAUGGCUCCCUUGCUUCUGUUCUUGCACAGUACUCACCUCAGCAGCUGGCAGGGAAGAGGAUUGGUGUGUUCUCUUAUGGUUCUGGUCUAGCUGCCACUCUGUAUUCCCUCAAAGUUACACAAGAUGCCACACCAGGGUCUGCUCUUGAUAAAAUAAUAGCAAGCUUAUGUGAUCUUAAAUCAAGGCUUGACUCAAGAACUUGCGUGGCACCAGAUGUCUUUGCUGAAAACAUGAAGCUCCGAGAGGACACUCAUCACUUGGUCAGCUAUAUUCCCCAGAGUUCCACAGACUCACUCUUUGAAGGAACAUGGUACCUAGUUCGAGUAGAUGAGAAGCACAGAAGAACUUACGCUCGGUGCCCCUCUCCAAAUGAUGACACUUUGGAUGAAGGCGUAGGGCUUGUGCAUUCAAGCGCAGCAACUGAGCAUAUUCCAAGCCCUGCUAAGAAAGUGCCAAGACUCCCUGCAACGGCAGCAGAACCUGAAGCAGCUGUCAUCAGUAACGGGGAGCAUUAAGAUACUUCUGUGAGGUGGAGGACUUCAGGGUCGGGGGGUAUGUAUGGGAACGGUUGGGGGAAUGGGUUGUCUGGGGACAAUUUUAAAGGAUUACAUGUUGCUUAAAUUUUUAUGUGACUGACAUGGAGCCUGGAAAAUUAUCGUGUUCUUGGGAAAGUCUC